AUGAGAGAGAGCGCGAUAUGGGGCCUGUUGUUGUUACUCGUGGGAUGCUGCGCCGUCCUGGCCGAUCCCGAGGCCGAUCCUUCCGAGGAGCUGUUUAAUCGGUUGCAGCUACCCAAGAAUCGCAACGAGGAUAAGUGUUAUGAUGAGAACGGCAGGCCGCAGAGAUGUAUACCGCCAUUCGAAAAUGCGGCUUUCAACGUGCUUAUGGAAGCGACUAACACAUGUGGUGAGGAUCAUCCUAUUGAAUUCUGUAAGCAGACGGGCGUGCACAAGAAGUCGUGCGAAAUUUGCCGACGUGGUGAUCACUCAGCCUCUUUCCUCACUGAUCAUGAUAAUAAUGAUAAUGCUACCUGGUGGCAAUCGGAUACCAUGUAUGAAGGCAUCGAGUAUCCCAACCAAGUUAAUCUCACCCUACAUUUAGGAAAGACAUUUGACAUAACAUAUGUCAGAGUACUGUUUGAAUCACCUCGGCCGGAAAGCUGGGGUAUCUACAAACGGAAGAACGAGAAGUCACCGUGGGAGCCUUAUCAAUUUUAUUCAGCAACAUGCCGGGAUACAUACGAACUACCCGAGUCCAAAGAGACAGUUCGUGGUGACGACACUCGCGUGCUAUGCACCUCGGAGUUUUCCGAUAUCUCUCCUCUCACUAAAGGCACCGUUGCCUUUUCGACUUUAGAGGGCCGACCUUCCGCCUAUUACUUUGAAACCAACCCCGAACUUCAGGAAUGGGUGCAAGCGACGGCUUUAAGAAUUACUCUGGAUAGAUUAAACACAUUCGGUGAUGAAGUUUUUGGCGAUGCGCAGGUGCUGAAAUCUUAUUACUAUGCAAUAGCCGAUGUUGCAGUUGGUGCAAGAUGUGCCUGCAAUGGUCACGCCGGAGAAUGUGUAAACAGUACCAGUGUCGAUGGUAGAACUCGCAGAGUUUGCCGAUGUGAACACAACACAGCUGGACCCGAUUGCAACGAAUGUCUACCUUUUUACAAUGAUGCUCCUUGGGGUCGUGCAACAACUACAGAUGCACACGAAUGCAAGCCUUGCAAUUGUAACGGAUAUUCGGAAAGAUGCUACUUUGACAAGGAACUAUACAAGGCGAUAGGUCACGGAGGUCAUUGCUUGGAUUGUCGAGCGAAUCGCGAUGGCGCCAAUUGCGAGCGGUGUCGCGAAAAUUACUAUCAGCGACCUGAGGAUAACUAUUGUAUUGCAUGCAAUUGUAACGAGAUUGGUUCAAGAAGCUUGCAAUGUAAUAGCGAAGGUAAAUGCCAAUGUAAACCUGGUGUAACAGGUGAUAAAUGCGAUCGUUGCGCGGCCAAUUUCUAUAAUUUCGGCUCGCAGGGCUGUACUUCCUGCGAGUGCAGCUUGGCAGGUUCGACAGGCAACAUUCUUAGCUGCGAUUCUAUCACAGGAGUUUGCGCCUGUAAGGAAAACGUCGAAGGAAAACGUUGCAGAGAGUGUCGUCCAGGUUUCUUUAAUUUGGCAGUGGACAACGAAUUCGGCUGUACCCCCUGUUUUUGCUAUGGUCAUUCCUCUGUUUGCCGACCAGCAACCGGUUAUUCGAAACUGCUCAUUGAAAGUAUGUUCGUGCGAGGAAACGAGCGCUGGUCCGCGUCUGUGGCCGGUAACCCGAUACCAUUGCAUUAUGAUGCAUUGACGCAGACGAUCUCAGUUACCGCACUCGACCGUGACAAUGUGUACUUCCUCGCACCCGACAGAUUCCUGGGAGAUCAGAGAGCGUCGUACAAUCAAGACUUAUCAUUCAUACUGAGGAUAGGAGAAACUGGUCCAGCUCCUACAGCACGGGAUGUAAUUUUAGAGGGAGGAAACGGCGAACAGAUCACACAGCCGAUCUUUGGUCAGAGUAAUCGUUUACCGACUGUUACGCCUCAAGAAUAUCGAUUUAAAUUACACGAGCACUCCAGCUAUGGCUGGCAACCACGAUUAUCCUUUCGUGCCUUCAUGUCGAUUCUGUCAAAUUUGACCGCCAUAAAGAUUCGCGGGACUUACACUCAUCAAGGACGAGGAUUUUUGGAUGAUGUGAAGUUAGAGACAGCUCAUCGUGGCGCAGCCGGCGAACCAGCUGAUUGGGUCGAGCAUUGUCAAUGUCCUCAUGGUUACGUAGGUCAAUUUUGUGAAUCAUGCGCACCUGGAUUUCAUCACGACCCACCCAACGGCGGUCCUUUUGCUCUGUGUGUCCCUUGCAACUGCAAUGGGCACGCCGAUAUUUGCGAGGCCGAGACUGGACAAUGUAUCUGUCAACAUAAUACUGCAGGAAGUAAUUGCGAGUUAUGUAGCAGAGGAUAUUAUGGUUAUCCGUUGAAAGGCACUCCGGAUGAUUGCAGAUCAUGUCCUUGUCCCGAUAACGGACCUUGCAUUCUUCUGGGCAACAAUCCGGAUCCCAUUUGCUCUGAAUGUCCUAUCGGCAGGACUGGACCUAGAUGUGAAACAUGUUCUGAUGGUUAUUACGGGAAUCCUGAAAGAGGUCUCGCUUGUCAUCCUUGCGAUUGUAAUAACAAUAUCGACUUAAAUGCGGUUAGAAAUUGUAAUCACGAAACGGGAGAAUGUCUUAAAUGUGUUAAUAAUACAGCGGGCUUUCACUGUGAAGAAUGUCUUGCCGGAUAUUACGGAGAUGCAUUGUCAGAUCGCAAAGAAGAUGGAUGUAAAUUAUGUCAAUGUUAUCCACCGGGUACUUUGGAACUUGAUGAUGGAAGAGUUGCGCCUUGCGACCAACUAACAGGACAUUGUGCUUGCAAGCCACAUGUUGUUGGUCGCAAUUGCGACAAGUGUGAGGAAGGCUAUUAUCACAUCAUGAGUGGCGAGGGCUGCACACCUUGUAAUUGCGAUCUUGAAGGUUCUUAUAAUCGUACCUGUGAUCCAAUAACAGGACAAUGUCAAUGCCGAAUUGGAAUAACGGGUCAACAUUGUGAUGCCUGUGAGCCUUAUCAGUAUGGAUUCAGUCGCGAAGGUUGCAAACCUUGUGAUUGUGACAGUAUUGGUUCCCAAGAUCUUCAAUGUGAUGCAAAUGGACAAUGCCCUUGCUUAACGAACGUUGAAGGCAGACGUUGUGAUCGUUGUAAAGAAAACAAGCAUAAUCGACAACACGGCUGCGUCGAUUGUCCUGAUUGUUACAAUCUUGUACAGUCGGCAGUCAAUGAUCACCGAUCACGUUUGGCCGAACUCGAAGAUACUUUAUACAAGAUCAAUAGCAGUCCUACUGUCAUUAAAGAUUCAGACUUCGAAAAGGAGCUUAAGAAUGUCCAGGAUAGAGUAAAAGCAUUAUUAAAUAUCGCCAAACAAGGAUCCGGCAGUGAGAACAAAACAUUGGUAGAACAACUAGAUGAGCUGCGUGAACAAUUGAAUACAAUUGAUAAAAUAUAUCAAACUGUGGAUGUAACUGAGGAUGAUGCACAUGAUAUAAUCGAAGAAGGUUUGACGAGUAUUGACGAGGCAGAAAAAGUUUUGGAUAAAAUUUAUGAGCAGUUAACGGAAGCGGAAGAUUAUUUAGGUACGGAGGGUGCAAGUGCUUUAACUUCAGCGAAAUUGCGUGCCGAUCAAGUCGGUCAACAGAAUCAGCAGAUGACGUCAAUUGCACAGGAGGCGCGUGUAGUCGCUGAAUUAAAUACUAAUGAAGCCAAAAAGCUUCAUAUGCUAGCAGAGCAAGCGCGAAACACGACAUUGGAGGCAUAUAAUCUUGCAAAACAAACGAUAUCGAAAUAUUCUAAUAUAACGGACGAAAUAAGAGAUUUGGAGAAUAAAUUGGAGCAAUUAGAGGAUCGUAUGGAUGAAGUAAAAAAUCUCACCGCUAUUGCAGCUACUAAAUCCUCAGCUGUUUCUCAAGAAGCAUUAGAUUUGCUAAUUCUCGAUUUAACGCUUCCUUCAGUAGAUAUUGAGGAAUUACGACAGCAAAUAGAAAACGUCAGCAAUAUGAGCUUACAAAUAAAAGAGCAAGCACAACUCUUAUUGGAGCAAAAUGAGAAUCUUAUGGAAGAAAUGGCUGAAAAAGUUAGGAAGAGUGAAGAACUUUUAGACAGAGCUCAAGAUCAACAAGCUGCAACGGCCGAAUUACUAGCUGAGUUAGAUGAAGCCAAUGAGACGGCGAAUGAUGCUGUCAAACGUGGUGAUCAGACUCUAAAAGAAGCUCAGGAAACAUUGAAAAAAUUAGGGGAAUUUGAUGCUGAGGUACAACGUGAACGUAUUAAAGCUCAGAAUGCUUUGAAAGACAUCCAGGAAAUUGAGAGCUUGAUCAACGAUGCUAAUAUACAAGCUAGAGAGGCGGAGAGGGUGCUAAAUGGAUCAGAAGGUAACGCCAAAAGUGCGCGCGAAAUUGCACAGAAUGCUCAGACUUAUGCAGAUAGAGCGAGCGCUAACGCAAACGAUAUUAGAGUAGAAGCGAAUAAAACUAAAAUUGAAGCUCUCCGGCUCGGAAAUGAAGCCGAGAAAUUACAUCUUCGCGUUGAUACUACGGAUUCGAUGAUCAGACAAUAUGAAGUCCAGAUGGCCAAGGAUGGCAACAUCACCGCCGAGGCAAACUAUAAGGUUGGUCAGGCGAGGACCGAUGUGACCCUGGCGUCACAGCAAGUCGAUAAAGCGUUAUCUGAAGUAGACGCGAUUAUUAGGGAGCUUGAGAAUCUACCAGAAAUAGAUGAUGCCGAUUUGAAUCGCUUAGAAGAACGCUUGAUUGCCGCUGAGAAGGAAAUCAAAGCCGCAAAUCUGGAUCAGCGAAUUCGCGCGUUGACGGAGGCAAAGAAUUUGCAAACGCAAUGGGUUAAAAAUUACGAAGAUGAGGUCAGCAGAUUACGAAUCGAAGUAGAAAAUAUCGAUGAUAUUCGAAAGGCUUUGCCAACUGAUUGUUAUCAACGCGUCCGUCUUGAGCCUUAAAAUUUAUUUUUUCACGUUUUAUCUAUUUUUCCGUCAUUUUUUAAAAAUAUAUUAUAAGCUAUAUAAAUCAUUUAAAGUCCCGUGUAUCCUUAACAUUAAGGCUCGAGGAUCUUUAAAUUUUUUAGAUGAUCUUUUUCAAAUAGUUAAAACUGCCAUUUUUUAGAAAGAUUUCUUAAAUAAUAAGAUAUAGAUAAAAAUUUUUACUUAAAGGCGAUAAGUUCUUACAAUAUAUCUUCAAGUUUAAAAAAAAAAUCUAUUUAAUAAUUUUGAACAAAUUUAUACAAUAACUUAGAACUUUUUUAGAGAAUUUUUUACUGAUAAAGUUUUUGAUUCAAGUUUAUUAUUAACAAUUAAUUAAUAAACUUUUGAUACAUAUCUUUAUGCAAACAAAUAAACUUUUAUAAUUCUAAACGGCAAGUUUCUUAAAUACGUACGUAACAAUUAAAAGGCAUUUUGCAUGUUGGGCUAGAGAUGAAUUUCGUGCAUAAAUAUAUAAUAUGCACUCGGUGGCAAUAAACAUUUCAUACCAAAGAUUUUUUUUUAUAGUACUACAUACGUUUGGCUCUAUCACUUAUCAUUCAAUCUGCAUUUCUCUCUUUUUAUUUUAUUAUAUUUGUUAUGAUUACUAAUCAUGUAUAAAUAUGUAUAUAGAUCUGUAUACAUUCAUAACAUAUAACUGCCAUGUCAAUGUAUGUUAGUACAUUAUUUGCAAUGGUAUAGGGUUUAAGAAAGCAAUUAUAUUAAUCUUAUAAGUUCUUUGGCCUUUACGAUAUAGCGAAAAUGAAAAA